AUGUUGGCACUUAAAAAUUCUUAUUUUAUUUUUGAGUCUAUACGGUGCCUUCCUGGCUACGUAGGAGACACGUGUCAGUUUGCAGACCCCUGCGCCCCUGUGCUUUGCCAGAACGGGGGCACCUGCUACUCCAGGGCUCUUCCUCCUCCGGCCUCCCCUGAGUAUAUGUGUGUCUGCCCUCCUGGUUUCACUGGGGAAAAAUGCCAGGGCGUGGUUGGUGAUCCCUGCUUCCCGUCACCCUGCCAACAUGGAGGGACAUGCCAGCGGAUCUCCCAGAAAGAGCAUCAAUGCCAAUGUCUAUCAGGAUGGACAGGGAAGAACUGCCAGUUGAUGGAUUUCUGCCCUGCCAACCCUUGUGCCAACGGUGGGACGUGUGUCAUCACCUACCCUGUCAUUGUGUGCCAGUGCUGGCCAGGCUUUGAAGGGCACACCUGCCAACAUGACAUCAAUGAAUGCUUCACGUCCCCCAGCCCCUGCCUCAACAGUGGCAGCUGUAUCAACAGCAUCGGCUCCUUCCGCUGUUUGUGCCCAUCCAACUUCUCUGGUCCUCUCUGCCAGUACCGACGGGGGCCUUGCUCCUCGGAGAUCUGUCUCCAUGGGGGCACCUGCCGUCACGUCGACGGAGGAUACCACGGCUGCCUCUGCCUGCCAGGCUACACUGGUCAGUAUUGCGAGGUGAAUCCAGACGACUGCGCAGGACAUCCGUGUCUCAACGGAGGCACCUGCCAGGAUGGUAUUGGGUCAUACACCUGCCAUUGCAUCCAAGGCUGGACAGGGCUUCUUUGCCACUUGCCUGAUGCCUGCCUCAGCAAUCCGUGCCAUCCUGAUGCCCACUGUGACACGGACCUCCAGACUGGCCAUGCCAUCUGCACAUGCCAUCUGGGUUAUGCUGGAGCUCUGUGCUACGAAGACAUUGACGAGUGCCGGAUGGGGAGCAACCCAUGCGAACACAGAGGAAGCUGCUACAAUACGCCCGGCUCGUUCACCUGCUCCUGCCUCAGGGGCUACACAGGCUCCAGGUGCGAAUCUAACCUCAACGAGUGCCUCAGCCAGCCUUGUCAAAACGGGGCUUCCUGCUUGGACCUGCUGGACCGUUUCCAAUGCCUCUGCCCAUCCGGGUUCAGUGGGCUGUUCUGCGAAGUUGAAGAGUGUCUCCAAGGCCGUUGCCUCAACGGGGGAACCUGUGUACUCCAGAGCUAUGGCUUCGCCUGCCUGUGUCCUCCUGGUUUCGAAGGACUUCGGUGUGAGAGAGAUGCUGAUUUCUGUCACGAUGACCCUUGCCAGCAUGGAACCUGUGUGAAUGUCCCCGGCUCCUUCACCUGCGUUUGUGCUCCAGGAUUCACAGGACCCCUCUGCAAGGAAUUCAGUGACCCUUGUUGGGAGUUUCAGUGCCUUAAUGGAGGCAGUUGCCGCAGGACAGAAUCCGGGCCAAUUUGUAUAUGUUCACCUGGAUGGACCGGCCAGAAGUGCGACACAGAGGUGGAUGCCUGCAAUUCCAGCCCAUGCCACCAGAGGGCUACUUGCUUGAGCCGCCAGGGAGCCUUCCAGUGCGUCUGUCCCAGCGGCUACGUAGGGGCAGCGUGCGAUGCAGAGGUGGACGAAUGUUCUUCCAGCCCCUGUUUGAAUUCUGGAACUUGCCUUAACAGCCCUGGUAGUUUUCACUGCCUCUGCCCCAGAGGCUAUUCAGGACUCAAAUGUCAGGUUACCCUGGACCUUUGCUCGGACUAUCCCUGCAAGAAUGGAGGCCAAUGCAGAGUGAAGGAAUCUGCACCCCACUGUUUCUGCCCUCCAGGAUGGGGCGGCCCCCAAUGCCAACAGAGGGCCAAUCAGAACAGAGACAACUGCACGGACCGGACCGCAGAAGCUGGUUGCCAGUGCCCGCCGACACAAAAGUGCCUAAAUGGAGGAAGCUGUACCAAGACGACAGAUGGUUUUCAAUGCUUAUGUCCGCCAGGAACAAAAGGACCCAAUUGUCACCUGGAUCCCUGCUCUCUAGCCAGCCCCCCCUGCUACUAUGGCGGGACCUGCAUGGCUCAGGCUGAGGGGUUUUUGUGCAUCUGCCCCCCUGGAUAUGUAGGAGAAAGGUGUCAGGGGGUGGUGGAUGCCUGCUUCUCCCAGCCUUGCCACCGGCCCGGGUCCCGGAGCUGCCAGUCUGAUGAACAUGGUUUCCACUGUCUCUGCAACCCUGGAUAUUCAG